AUGUUAAAUAUUGAUCAAUUAAUACAUCAAUGGAAUGAUUUUAUUGAUCGUUUAAAACAAUUAAUUUAUUUAUUAUCUCAAUAUGAAAAAAUUCAUUUUAAUUAUAUUCAUUCAUCAUUAUCAAAUACAAAACCAAAUGUGAAUAAAAAUGAAGAAAAAUUUAUUAGAAAAGACAAUAUUCAAGAUGAAUUAUUAACAAUUGAAAAAAUAAAAUAUAUACAAAUAGAUAAAAAUAUUCAAAAUAUUCAAUUUAAUCUUAAAACAAAUGAAAACAUUAUUGACAAAGCAAAUAAACGACUGGAUGUCGUUCGUCAGGAAAUGAAUGAUAUACAAUCAUUUAUAGAUUCAAUAAAUGAGUGGAAAAAACGAACAAUACAAAAUCUAUAA